AUGGUUGAUUCCCUUGACAAUAACAGUCGCAACAAUACCUUGGAAGUAUUAGUUAAUAAUUCUAAUCGUGCGCCGGUAGACAACAAAGUUCAGGAUGCAAGAAAGAAACCGGAUACCCCCUUUCUAUAUUUUUCUACCCUUACAGCAAACCUCUUAUUAUUCUCCUGUUCAAAUUUCCAUGUUUGGACAUCGCCAGCGCUUCCCAAAUUAUUAUCCAAUGAUACAUUAGUCAAUCCAAUAGGCAGACCCAUAAGUACCUUGGAAGUUUCUUUACUAGCAGGAUUUCCAUUCUUGAUUGGUUUGAUUGGAUCAAUUUUUGCAGGUACCAUAGCUGAUAUCGUUGGUAGAAAGAGCGUUAUGCUAUACGCAGCAAUAACAGUCAUAAUGUGUAGCUUAACCAUAUCAGCCAGCAAAGAUAUUUAUGUAUACAUAGUAGCUAGAUGUAUUAUUUUCGUCUGUUUUUCAACGGCACUAGUUUUAGUACCAUUAUACCUUACAGAGGUUUGCGAAGAUCAUAACCGAGCAAAAUUUGGUUGUUUAAUGGGUGUAAGUCUGCCUGCGGGGCAUCUUUACAGUUAUGUCGCAGGAGCUAGGACAAAUAUACCGGUGUAUACACUACUUUGUGCAGCACCACUAGUACUCUUCUUAAUAGCCGUCUUACUGUUUGUCCCAGAAACACCAGUGUACUUGAUUGCCAAAGGAAAGAUAAAAAUAGCUUUAAAAGUAUUAGAAAAACUACGAAGAAAUAAACAACCACAGGAAAUUGAAAGAGACUUUGAAAAAAUAAAUGAUAAUUACAAAACUAAACGUAAAAUUGGCACAGUUUCCGCACUAGCAUUGCUAAAAUCAAAAAUAUAUCGAAAAGCAAUAAUACUGGCCAUAUUACCUUUAUGGGUUCAACAUUUAUCUGGAGUUACUGUUAUUAUGCAGUUUAUGGUGCCAAUUUUUGACGAAGCAGGAACUAACCUAUCAGGAACUACAGUAUCAAUGAUAGCAGGAACCAUAAAAAUUAUAAUGUUCAUUAUCACUGCCCUUUUUGUAGAAAAGACUGGAAGAAGACCCUUACUGUUAUUAUCUGGAUAUGGUACUGGAGUAUCACUUUUUCUUCUUGGACUGUUUUUGUAUUGGAACUAUGUAAAAUGGGAGUACUUAACCAACGUAAUAUGGUUGCCGAUUUUGUGCCUACUUUUAAAUCUAAUUGUAUAUUCAAUAGGCUUAGGACCAAUUCCUAUGGCAGUUAUGACUGAAUUAUUUGACAGUAAAGUUAGACCAGUCGCAUUAUCUUUUCUAGUAACUCUUAAUGGGAUCCUUGUUUCUAUUCUUAAUUUUUUGUUUCCAAUUAUAGCAUAUAACUUUGGAACACAUUGUUGCAUUUGGUUAUUUAGCUUAUGUUGUUUUGUGGGAACAACUUUAAUUUAUUUUUACUUACCAGAGACUAAGGGUAAAAGUAUUAGUGAAAUUCAAAAAUUGUUAAAUAAAUAG